UCCCCCCCUACUUGUUUUACAGUACGUAAAAGAAAUUUCUAACCAAUCCAACAUUUUGAUUUGAUUUAUUUUUUAAAAUCAUCAUCAUUACCUCUAUUUUUUGUGUAUGCCAAAUUUCAGUGGGACAAAGCUUCGAUUCUGGACGAUGCAAUUAACUGUAUUAAAUCACUAAAAGUUCAAGUUGAAAUGAUGUCAAUGGCAAGAGGAGCUUUUUAUCAAGUUCCAUACAUGUCACAAGCAGUAAUGCACAUGAGAGCAGGGAUGGUUGGCAUGUGUUUUUCAUCUGGUCUUCCUACAAUGCCAGCAGCAUCUCCAUUUUCAGAACCAGCAGACCUGCCACUAAUGUCUGGAACUGGAACCAGAAAUCUUGGCCUCCCACUUCUUCAAAUGCCAUUUUUUCAUUCACAGUUACCACUACCAGCAGCUGCCACUCCAACAAUGUUACCAAAUUAUCUUACAGCUGUUGAUACUCAAAACAUUGUAUCCACCACUUCCAUUGAUUGCCAACAAAUCCCAAUUACCAUUCAGUCCCAUGACAAUAGUUUCCUCGGUGAAAAUUAUCUUGCCUCGUCAUCGCCAUCAAAGCUUCCUUCUAGUUAUCAGUAAUCGAGAGCUUGCAUGGCAUCACAAUGAUGAAUUGAUUUCCCUUGUUGAUUGAUUGAAGAACAAAAGAAGAGAUCCCGCAAUGGAGCAGACUGAGUUACCACAAUUCGUUUGUGGACAUUGAUUUGAGAAUUGAGGGUCUAUAAUUUCUUGUAUGGAUAUUAAAUAAAAAUGUUUGAGUUUGGAUUCGGUAAAUUUAGCAAUUAAAUUUCUGCGACUCAUAUUAUUUGAUUA